AUGGGUAAAGCCGUCAAUGCGGCUUACGGAGUACAAAAUCUCGUAGAAGUGGUCAGCUGUUUCGUGAGCACAGUGACGUACAUUUAUAUCAGUACUGUCGUCUACUUAGAUCUGAAGCCCGUGUGGCCUGGAAUACCGAGGGGUCAAGUCAUCAUCAUGUUCUCUCUUUGGAUUGGACUCAUGGUGGGGCGUCUGCUCACCACAGCCUACAGCAGUGACAUGGUUGUGCAAGAAACCGCCCGCACACAGCGGCUGGUCCAGAAACUUCUGCUCUUACCGCUGCCUGCUAGAAGCGGCUGUCCAGAGGAGUUGCAGCACUUCGGAGAGCAGAUGACGCGCAGUCGACUGCGCUACAGUGCAGCGGGGUUCUUCACGCUCGACCUGUCUCUGCUGAGGAGCUUCACAGCCACCGUCACUACCUACGUCGUCAUCCUCGUCCAGUUCGGACUGUCUGGCGCGAGCAAGCAGCAGAACAGCAGCGCCGCUGAAUGUAGAUGUUAA